AUGGAUACGUGGCAGUCAGUCUGGGAGCAGACCCAGCCAUCUCUGCAAUCUGCCAGGGAUACUCUAGCGCAUCUGGCGCCAAUACACUCGCGGAUCCUACGCGUCGGGCAGCUCGACGCGGAACUUCUGGAUGAAGAACUCGUACACGUCUUGCAGGAGCCAAUUGGGAAAGCCCUUGCGCAGAUACGUUCAGCUCUCAAGACACGCUAUGAGCCCGAACUUGCGCUCGUGAUCCGGCUUGCGCUCUAUCGGUUCUCCGUCUGGGCGACUGGUGCAUCCUACGGCGCGAGGUUACAAGACCUACGAUAUAAGGCAACGACAAAUACACCAUCUGGUCUUGCGCGACGCGCCCUAUUGAUUCACGGAACAUUGACGAUCAUCGUUCCGUACGCGCAUUCACGACUCCGGCAGCACGCUCUCACCAAUGCAUGGCCUGAAGCGCCGACUUCUGAUCGUCGAAGACGAGCUUGGGAGUUCCUGACCAACGCCGAGACGGCGCAUGCAACAUUGGCGCUUGUCAGCUUCGUCGUCUUCCUAUGGAACGGAAGGUAUCGUACGUUGACGGAUCGACUACUGGGUAUGCGCUUGGUGCCCGCUACCCGAAUAGUUCGGCGCGAAGUCAGCUAUGAGUUUAUGAAUCGUCAGAUGGUCUGGCAUGCAUUCACCGAAUUCUUGCUGUUCGUUCUCCCAUUACUUCCGCGAAGAGCCUUGCACCGCACAGGCUCAGCAGUUCUCUCGGCCGUCACGUCACCAAUCGCAACCGCCUCCCGUUUAUUGCCCGCUCCAGCACAGAAAGCCCUGGGCUACUCCGUCGACGCAAAACAGCAAAGCCACUCGGAGGGACGUGGCCCUUACGCCCACCUGGCCGAGACCGAAUGCGCCGUGUGCCAUGAAAACGCUGCGACGACGCUUAAUCUCGGCGCACCCGACGCACUCACCCAAGCUGCAUCUCAAAUGACCGCGAUCGCCUCUCAACCUAGCGGCUCCAGCCCCAAUGAACCUCCAACCCAUGCGAUAUCCACACCCUACAGGACUUCUUGUGGACACGUCUACUGCUAUGUCUGCAUCUCAGAUCGCAUGCUGCGUUCGGCGGACGAGGGCGCGGGUCCGUGGACAUGUCUGCGUUGCGCGCAACCGGUACUUGAUGCGGAGCUGGUAAGCGAGCCCAUGUACUGGAUGAGCGACGGCGAUGGAGACGACGAAGGGAGCACGUUCGAGAGUGACUAUUUUGAUGAGAUGGGGAGUAGCGUCAGCGGGGUCAGCGGGUUGAGCUUGGGCACGGGUUGGAGUGAAGGUGAACGGUCGGACUGA